GCGAAAGUUCUCAAGAAAUCAGCACAUUUUGGUCAGUUUGAUCUGAAAGGGGUUAUUUUUGGGGAGAAACAGCCCUGGCUGUGCUGGGAAGGGCAUGAGGAGGGUCUGGAGUGGGGAGAGAGGGGUCUGGAAGUAGGGAGAGCCUGAGCUGAGGAGAUCCUGGAGCUGAGGAGAUCCUGGAGCUGAGGAGAUCCCGGAGCUGAGGAGAUACCGGAGCUGAGGAGAUCCUGGAGCUGAGGAGAUCCUGGAGCUGAGGAGAUACCGGAGGUGAGGAGAUCCCGGAGCUGAGGAGAUCCCAGAUCUGAGGAGAUCCCAGAGCUGAGGAGAACCCGGAGCUGAGGAGAUCCUGGAGGUGAGGCGAUCCUGACCCAGGAUGGGGUUUAACGUCAGCCGCAUAGUGGAAAUCCAGAUCUCCAACAAGACCCAGAACAUCACCCUGAAGAAGCCCAGGACCCACUUCUUCAGCGGCCACAGCGUCAACGUCCCCCAGCCCUCGGUGCCCCCGGGCUCCUCCAGCAGCUGGAAGUUCACCAACAGAACCAUGUUCUGGGGCUGCAACGGGGUCCUGGCCUACGAGGCCGACUCCUUCACCUUGGCCAUCUACUUCUCCAACCCCGUCGACUACAACAGAUUUUCCUUGGAGACGGGCCUGGAGCUGUCCGUGGACAAGGUUCACAAGAGGGACCUGGAGUCCACCUACGACCGCCUGGUCAGGACCGCCCGUGACUGCUCCGACAGCUUCGCGUUCCCCUGUGUCAUCAUCAAGGAAUGGCAGAAUGAAGCCCAGCUGAGCGCCGGCCCCGUCACGGUGACGGCCACCAUGGUCAGGGGCAGGAACGCUGUCAUCAAGGUGGUGGUGGAGGAACGGGAGGAUUCAGGCAGCGGAGCCAGGAGAGAGACCCCGUGCCGAGCAAGACACACCCAGGAGAAUCCAGAACCUGGACGGCCUUCGGGGGAACCUUCUGGAGAGCCCAGGAACUGCAAGGAUGGCCAGAGAAACCUGAAGAUAUUGCCAGAAUCCAUUAAAAGCCUCUAGAGCCCUGUAGACAUCUCUAGAACCCUGUAGGAAUGUCUGAAACACCAUAGAGACCCUUAGAACCCCAUAGACACCUCUAGAACCCUGUAGGAAUGUCUAAAACCCCAUAGAGACCCUCAGAACCCCACAGACACCUCUAGAACCUUAUAGGCACCUUUAGAGCCCUGUAGGCACAACCGGAACACCAUUGGCACCCCGAGAACCCCAUAAACACUGCUAGAACCCCAUAGGCACAUCUAGAACCUUUUAGCCAGCUCUAGAACCCCAUAAGCACGUUUAGAAAUCCAUAGAGACACCUAGAACCACCUAGACACCUCUAGAACCCCAGGGACACUUCUAGAACACCACAGACACCUCUAGAACAUCAUAGAUGCAGAUAGAAGCCUGGAGACACCCAGAAAAGCAUGCAGGCUCAUCUAGAACCCCGCAGACGCUCCAGGAGAUCCUUCAGCAGAACCUCACGGGCACCAGAGGAACCUCAGAGAAACCUCCAGAACCUCCCGGGCAGAAUGGACACCCCGGGGUUGGGGUGUCCCAGACCCCUCUGCCCUCCCCUCCUGUGUCCCCCCAGCCCCAAACUCCCUCGAUCCCCUUUUUAAUAGGUUUCAUAAAAUGCGAAAUUUUUGCAAA